CUAAUUAAUUUGAUAAUUCAACAAUUGAAUACCAACCACUCUCCAGGUCUUUUUUUAAAUACUAGACUUUGGGUCUAGGAGUGGAGCUUUGUGGUAGAGCUCCCUGUGUAUGAGUCCUAUGUUGGAUCCCUGACACACACCUUCCAGAAAUACUAAGCUUUCAAAGAAAAAGAAAAAAAAAGAUCCACACUUCAGAAGCCGCUGGUUUAUAGAGACACCAAAAGGUAUUACCAGGGCUCUGCUCGUGUCUGGCUUAUGAUGAUGAAGGUGAUGAACCUGGUAGCUUUGUAGAGUCUCUUUGCAGAGACCGACAUGCUGUGUCCCCAAGCCCUGCUAGAUCUUCUGAAGGCAACUUGAUGAAAGCCACCUGCUUCAAGCCUGCAGACAUUAACUCAAGAGUUAUGUGGACCUGGACGGUGUGGAUGCUCCCCCUACUCAGCAAGUUCAUCCUGGCAGAUCUCCCAGCUAAGCCUGAGAAUAUUUCAUGCAUCCUUUAUUAUAGGAAAAACUUAACUUGUAGUUGGAGUGCAGACAGCAGAGCCAAGUAUACAGAGUACCGCGUUAACAGAACUUACUAUGAUGGAAACAACAGCGACAUGUGUGGAAGUAAUUCUAACAGUGAGCAUCGUGCAUCAUGUUCUUAUUAUUCAGGCAUAACACCACCGCUUCCGUACACCCUCCAAGUGGAAGCUAGAAAUGCAGAUGGUAUAAUUCAGUCGGAUCUAUUCCAUGAGGAAUUAGAAACUAUAAUAAAAACAGAAGCACCUGAGAUUUUGAGUGUGAAACCAAUUUUGGGUGUCCGAAGAAUGGUUCAAGUAAAAUGGAAAAGUCCUCCGGCACCUAGAUAUUAUAUUCUAACAUACACACUGCGGCUCAGAACUGUAGAUUCUCGUCACUGGAUGUAUGUCAAUUUUCGAAGACAAGUAUUGACUGAAGCCAUCGAGACAUACAACCUCACAGAGCUGCAGGCUUUUACAAAAUAUGUUGUGAGUCUGCGAUGCAAGGUAGAGGAGUCAAGGUUCUGGAGUGACUGGAGCCAAGAAAAAACUGGAACGACUGAGGAAGAAGCUCCUUAUGGCCUGGAUGUGUGGAGAGUCCUGGGACCAGCCGAGGCAGAUGGAAUAAGAACAGUUCAAGUGUUGUGGAAGAAGGCAAAAGGAGCCCCAGUCCUGGAGAAAAACUUUGGCUAUACCUUAUGGUACUUUCCAGAAAACACUACCCUCAGAAGAACUCAGAACACCACUGAACAGCAGUAUAAACUGACUCUAGAAGGCAAGGCCUACUGGGUGUGUGUGGUUGCUUAUAAUACCCUUGGGAAGUCUCCAGUAGCCAAGCUGAGGAUUCCAGCUGUUGAAGAAAAGGCUUUCCAGUGCAUUAAGUUCGUGCAGGCCCGCCUUACUCAGGGUCAACUGGUGGUGGAAUGGCAGAGCUCCAAGCCGGAGGUGAACAUGUGGGUGCUUGAAUGGUUUAAGGAUGUGGACUCAGAACCCCCCACUUUGUCCUGGGAGUCUGUAUCUCACACCUGGAACUGGACAAUUGAGCAAGAUCAGUUAGAAUCUUUCUGGUGUUAUAACAUCACUGUGUACCCAGUGUUGCAACACCUAGUGGGCGAGCCCUAUUCCAUCCAGGCUUAUGUCAAAGAAGGUGCUCCAUCAGCGAGUCCUGCGACCAAGGCUGAGAACGUUGGUGUGAAGACAGCCACUAUCACAUGGAAAGAGAUCCCCAAGAGUCAGAGAAGAGGUUUCAUCAGAAACUACACCAUAUUUUACCAAGCUGAAGAUGGAAAGGAGUUCUCCAAAACAGUGAACUCCACCAUCCUGCAGUAUGACCUGGAAUCGCUAACACGAAAGACCUCCUACACUGUUUGGAUCAUGGCCAGCACCAGUGUUGGGGGUAUCAAUAGCACCAGCAUAAACUUCAAAACAUUAUCAAUUAGUAUCCAUGAAAUCAUCCUUAUAUCUUUUCUGGUUGGAGGAGGUCUUCUUAUUCUCAUUAUCCUGGUGGUGGCAUAUGGUCUGAGAAAACCCAACAAACUGAAGCUCCUGUGUUGGCCCAGCAUCCCCAACCCUGCUAAAAGCAGUGUAGCCAUAUGGCCAAGCAAUGAUUCCAAGAAUAAGCUAAACCUGAAGGAGUUUGGUGACUCUAUGAGCACAGAGGACGACAAGACUCUAAAAUCAUCUGCUGCCAGUGACCUUAUUGACAAGUUGGUAGUGAACUAUGAGAAUUUUCUGGAAGAGGUUUCCAUAGAGGAAUCUAGAAAGGGCCAGGAAGUUGUUUUGGGAGGGGAAGAGAAUAAAUAUGUGACCUUCCCCAGUGGGCCCACUUGCCAGCUGGAAAAGACUUUUGAGGAGGUCCCUGUUUCCACUGACAGGCCCCCUGGAAAAUCCUCUCUGUGUUCUGUAAUGUCAGAGGAGUCCUACUUAGAAUCUGAGGAGCAGUUUCUGUCUUCUGCUCCAAGUUUAAAUCAAGAUUAUUUCUGUGAGGAAGAUGUGCCAAAUCCGUAUUUGAAAAACUCAGUGACAACCAGAGAAUUUCUCAUGUCUGAAAACUCUCCAGACCAAAGCAAGAGAGACUAAUGCCAGUGUGUCUUGAAUCUCUCCAGCCCUCGCCGUGGGUGGCUCUCACAGAGAAAAGAGGUCAAGUCUUGGCACAGAAGACCUUCCCUGGCUGCCUCCCCAACCAGCUUGCUAGAGUCUUACAUGCCCUUAGGCGACUAGUCCAGUUGCCACAGAUACUUAAAUGCUCGAGAAGAAAAAGGGAGGAUGAUAAGCUUGAGCACUUUGCAGAAGAAAAACCAUUUGUUUUGCUUUGUUCAGGAUAACAAGCUCUCACUGAGGUCUUGGACAGACUGACAUCAGUGGGUCCCUGAGGUGGAUGUUGUUAGGCCUUGCCUAGGAAUUGGGUCACGGUCAAGGUUUUUGCUGGGACUACUCCUCAGUGUUCUGGGAGAGACUUUCCCUGUUGCUGGAAGACAGUGGUUCAGUUGCUAUUAUUUGGUGGGAGAGGCUGUCUCUCUCCCUUUACCUGGGGCUCCCCUGGGCUCCACAUUCUGCCUCUGAGGUAACCCUGACAUCUCACACUUGGGAUGACCUUUCUCCCUCACCGCAAGGGCAGGAAGUAGAGGAAGUGGAGUGACUUUGCUGCUGAUGUUCUUGAGCCCCUUACUACUCAUUAAAUCCCAAGGGUAUGACAAAGGGAUGCAGCGUAAUGGUUAUGCAGAAGACUUGCAUGCCUGAAGCUCUGAAGUCCUGGGUUCAAUCCCCCCUGUAUCACCAUAAUCCAGAGUUGUGCAGUACUCUGGUAAAAAUAAAUAAAUUCCAAGAGUAGACAGGGGUAAGUGAAAAGGUGAAAGUGGGCAAGAAGUGUGAUAUCAAAUGUCUGUAACAAUACCCUCACCACCCCCACGACCACAACUGUAGUCCCUAGUCAACUUUACGGUGACUGCUGGUGAAUCAGGAAUGAGGGAAGACUUAGUAAAGCACUGUGACUGGGUGAUAGACUCUAGGCUGGGUUGUGGGUCCACCCCAGUUCUCCAGGCCAUUGAUAAUUCCCAGAGACCCUUGCUGCUUCUCUGUCGCACACCAAAGCCAGAGAGAGUAGAACAGAAUGCUAUCAAGGACUGCAUUGGCUUAAGUAUAGGGACUCAGCCCCUCAUGUCAGCUCACUGACUGGGAGCCCAGGCAUGUUUACAGAACACACAGUUCAAGGGCUUCUUCCCACUAGCAGCCUAGCAGGACCUGGGGAAAUUCAGUGCCUUUGCUAUUCCAGUACCUUGACUCUUCUGCCUUUGGCCCAGCUGAGCUCAGGGCUUGUGAUGAUUAGUGGAGUCUUUAUCCCGAGUGCUGAGGGCAAGACAGCACUGACACUAGACCUCACAGGACUUCCUGACAUGUGGCUGUGGCUCAUCUGGCCAUUGGAGGAGGCCACUGAGAGCCUGGGGAGAUGAGAAAAACCAGUCGAGGAGUAAGUGGCCAAGCUGCAGA